AGUUUAAUUUUUUGUAAAAUAUUAUAUUUUAAUAUUUAGUUCCAAUUAUCAUUGAAAUACAUAAAUAAGGUUUUCACACGCAUAAAUCUUCUACAAGAUCAUUCUGUGUUACAUAGAAUUUCUUCUUCAAAGUAAUUACUAGUCAAUUGUUACGUACUUACAUUUCUUACAAAGUUAAUGAAGCAAAACGGAUAUGUGGAGUAAAUAACAUUAAAAUGAGCAGUAUAUCAAGGAUCUAACGCAACUUUCCUAUACUAUUGGACCCUCAAUCCGUUAUUGCUGACGUCGUAUGACGUAGGGAUGUCCGCGGCGGAGACGGGCGGCGGCGCUAGUGACGCGAGAGUGGUGGCCGCAUUGUGUCGCACCAUGUCGCUCGCAGUGGACAGGUUGAACGAGGAGAAGGAGGAGGCGCCGUGCCUGAGCGACAGCGACGCCGCCGUCAAGAUGUGGGGCUCGCAGCGCCGCGUGCUGGUCGACGUGCUCAUGGCCUGCUGGGGCCUGGGCACGUGGCUCGGGGUCAACGGCCUCUACGUGCAACUGCCUCUGCUCGUCAACCGGCUGCCCGAGGCCUGGAACCUCGCCUCCUGGAUGGUGUUGGCCAUCCAGCUCGCCAACGUCGGCCUCCUGGUAUACGCGGGGCUCAAGAAGCUGUUCGCGAGCCUCACCGACUCGUUCUACGUGCACGCGCUCCUCUCGAUAGGGACGCUGGCGCUCGUCCUCAACGCGUUCCUGUACACGAGCACGGUGACGAUCGCCGGCACGGAGCGGUCCUUCGCGUAUCUGACGCUGACCUUCUUCGCCGCGCUGGUCGGCUGCACCAGCUCGGUGUUGUUCUAUCCGUACCUGAGAUACUUCCGGGACGUGUACCUCGCGACGUACCUCCUGGGCGAGGGCCUCAGCGGCUUCAUCCCGAGCAUCCUCUCGCUGAUCCAGGGCGCCGGCGACGAGUGCUCCCCGGCGCGGUUCAGCACGACGGUGUUCCUGGUGCUCCUCGGCUGCCUGUCGGCGCUGAGCCUGGCGAGCUUCUCGCUGCUGGACAAACACCCGGCGUUCCGGUCGGAGCACGUGAAGCCGACCGCUGUGGCGAAGGAGGACGAGGCGACGGCGCCGCGGGAGCCUCUGGGUCGGCCCGGCUGGGUGGCGGUGCUGCUGCUGAUGGGCGUGCUCAACGCGCUGAUGAACGGCGUGAUGCCGUCCAUCCAGACGUACUCGUGCAUGCCGUACGGCACGCGCGCGUACCACCUGGCGGUGUCGCUGGGCGCGAUGGCGAACCCGGCGGCGUGCCUGGCGGGCGUGUGGCUGCGGCCUGUGCGCGCGCGAGUGCUGGCGGCGCUGCUGACGGCCGCCGCGCUACCGCUCGCCUUUGUGCUGGCCACUGCCGCGCUCAGCCCCGCGCCGCCGCUCGCCCACAUGCCGGUCGGGGAGGUGCUCGUGGUGGUGUCGUGGGUGUGUGUGAGUGCGGUGGUGUCGUACGCACGCAUGUGGAUAUACGGGUGGGCGCGUCGGGGCGGCGCGCGCGGCAUGCGGGCAUGCGGCGUCGCGACGCAGGCCGGCUCCGCGCUCGGCUCGCUGCUCAGCUUCCUCCUCAUCAACGUCGCUGACUUGUUCACCCAAGCUCCUUCGCCCGUCUGCCCCACCUCCGCCGUCUAGCUAAAAGUAAACGAACGAUCAAAAAAAGUGGCCAGCUGAAAAAAACUACUCCGAUGAGUGCUAAAAUAAUAUAAUCUUGACGAUAUUUGUGCGGUGGACGAAUUUAAUGUUGUACGAUGAAAUAUUCCGACAGAAAUCAAUAAUUAAUCAGGAGCUUUAAAAUGUUUGACGGAGCAUAAAUUAUAUCGCAUUACCAUAAAAAAAAAUCAAUAUGAAAAAAAGCAAAAAGAUAUGUCGCUAUUUGUGGCAGAAAUGAAUUGAUUUAUUUGAUUUCAACUUAACCUGGCUUUUAUGAACAAUUACUUGUAGUGAAAUACCGGCUAUAGUAGCUUUGACCAGGGAUUGACUGAAUCCUACUAGAUAAUAAUUUAUGGGCUAUGCUGAAGUAGCUGAAUAGACAAGUUUGAAUUUUAGUUUUGUACUUAUAUUAUGUAAGCUGUAGAGUUAAGAUAAAAUAACAUCUCAGUGUAAUAGAUGAGGCUGUGAUGUUUUCACUCGUUACCAUCUUGUCGGGUAUUUAGAUAAAUUUUGAAAAAUAAAAUUGCUUGUUUUUACUUAACUUUUAUGUAUGGCGGUCCUUGACAUAUUACAUAUGUGUGCUGUUAGCACUUGCUAUACUUAAUAAUUAAUACCAUGACAUACUCAAAUAGAAAAAAAAUGUAAAGCUCAACUUCUGUUGUUCAAAAUGCAAUUUCAUGAAGAAAUCAAAACAUUUAUUUUGUAUAAAAUGAAUCGCUAAUUUUAUUUUUAUUGAUCUAAUGAUGCUUCUGUAUUUUGUGUUCUAUCCGGUGUUCAAAGAGAAUAAGGACUCUUCUAGUAUUCUGGGUCAAGGGCUAACUAACUAAGGUUAAAAUAUUAUUUAACUGUACAGGUAAUCCAUAUCAACAUACCUGUUUCAGACCUAUUCUCAUCUCUUUUGUUUUGUUUCAUUUUUAUGAGCUCUGUCAUGGUGGACAUCAAACUGUUACUACUUAAUU